AUGGAUUUGACCAAUUGCACAAGAGUGUCAGAGUUCAUCUUGCUUGGAUUCCCACAUAUUUGGGGAAUGAACAUCACCUUGUUCCUCGUGGUCUUCCUGCUCUACAUUUUGUCAGUUGCAGGGAAUGGUCUCAUUAUUGUCAUGGUGAGAGUGGACCGUCGGCUCCAGAAGCCCAUGUACUUCUUCCUUAGCAACCUCUCUUUCCUGGAGAUGUGGUACACCACUGCCGUUGUUCCCAUGAUGUUGACCAACCUCCUGUCGGCAAAGACCACCAUCUGCUUCUAUUGUUGCAUGGCCCAGUCCUACUUCCACUUCCUCUUUGGCAUCACGGAGUUUUACAUCCUCACGGUCAUGUCCUUUGACAGGUACUUAGCCAUCUGUCAGCCGCUCAGGUACACCACCAUCAUGACCUCCAAUGUCUGCCUUCAACUUUCGCUGGUUACAUGGCUAGGGGGCUUCUGCACCAUCCUUUUGCAGACAGUGCUGGUCGUAAGGCUUCCCUUCUGUGGUUCCAAUGUUGUCAACCAUUUCUAUUGCGACAUUGGGCCCAUGUUGAAGAUCGCCGGUGGAGACACGCAUCUUAUUGAGGCCCUCGGCUUCCUGAUUGCUGUGGCUGUGAUCCUGGGCUCCCUGAUGCUAACGGUGGUAUCUUACAUCUUUAUCAUCUCCACGAUUCUGCGCAUCCCAUCAGCCAGCGGACAAUGGAGGGCCUUCUCCACCUGUGCCUCCCACCUGACUGUGGUCAGCAUCCUGUACGGGGCAGUCCUUUUUAUCUACUUAAGACCUUCUGCCAAACACUCAUCUUUCAGCCUCAACAAAGCCAUCUCUGUGCUGAACACUGUGAUCACUCCAGUGCUAAAUCCUUUCAUAUACACCAUCAGGAACAAUGAAGUCAAGGAGGCUUUACGGAAAGCCUUAGGAAAGAAGGUGCAGAAUCCACUUAUACUGUGA